AUGACAUCGCGAAGGCCAGCUCUGUACGAUGAAAGGUGGAAAGGGCAUGAACAUCAUCGUCAUCAACUUCAAAUUGUUCAAGGCCUGAGUUAUCCCCCGGGUGGUCGCACAAGUCGGUAUGCGGCUCUUGCGGAGAAAGUUGCAGGGAAUGCAGGUGAAAAGGCGAUGCAAACUCAUGCCCCAGACAUCUCUUUUGCUGCAAUGAGGCCAUGCCCAACAUCUGGUAUUGUAUGCGCUUCGUUCGUUGCGACAUUACCGUACUGCCGUAAACGACCAAAAAUGCAUUUGAUAGAACCAGACAUGUCAACAAUCAAGCCAGCUUGA